AGCCCCCUCAGUCCAUUUCGUCUUAGGCCUAGCUGCUUCCAAUCCUUUCAUUCUCUUCUGAGUUCAGUACCCUCGUGGCCUUGUUCUGCUCACUUCUCAUUGCAUAUAGUACACCAUUUCAUCUCCUGUCAGGACAAAGCUUUGUCUGAAUAUGCACACACGGACGAGGACUUCGUUGCUGGCUUUGGCCUCUCUUCUCCUCCUCCUCUUGGCUACAAGAGCACAUGGGAUCAGGCUGGACAGGCAGUUACAUGAAGCAAUCAACAACAAGCAGGAGAUCAUGCGUGACUCAAAGGCCGAGCAAUCACUAAAUACAGCUCGUUUGAUGAACAAGCACUGCACAUCCGAUGGGCAUUGCAACUCAGGAAAGGUACAAAGGCCAGUGGUGCAGGCUGAGGCAGGCGCAGCAGCGAAGCAGCAGCAGCAGAAUCAGAGCCUAGAGAGAUCAGGUGAUGCCAAUCAGCAGGAGCAGGAGACGGCGCCGCGACAGCAAGAGAAGACGUCGUCGACGGCUACGGCGACGAUGACGACGUACCCUGACAUCCUCGACAUCGCCGGAAUGGACUAUUCGCCGGCGACGAGAAAGCCGCCGAUCCACAACUGAGUGGCACGCACGCACGCACGCACGCAGUACUAGCUAGAAAGCUGGUACUUUCACUGGCUUAGUGCUUGCUGUAUUAGCUUAGUUUAGCAGUUUAGCUACUAGCUAGCUAGCUAGCUAUAGCUUAGCCAUAGCUAGCUGCUAGUAUUAGCUAAGUAUAAUUAGCUUAGCUAGCAGCGCGAGUCCUGAUCAUCGAAUAGAAUAGUAGUGCGUACAGCCAGUGACCGAUACUGGGACAGCAUUGCAGGAAAUGCUGCACCUUUUGUGAAGAAGAUGAUACUACAAAGCUUGGCGUCUCUCUCGUGUAUCCCGCGGAUGUAACAUGCGCGCCUGUGUAACACCGCCAUUUUGACCGCUAGCUAGCUAACUAAUUACUCCGUAGCUCGUUUGAGAUC